AUGGGGAGUUGGAGAGGGCAACAAGGUUACAUUUAUUCUCAACAGCAGAUUCCCUGGACUAAACCACAGAACAGAAAGCCGCCACAAGAUAGUUGGCAGUUCACUGUGCCACACUGGGAAAGGAAAUUCUGUUCGAUUGUUGGCUCAGUUCCAUGGGGAAAACUUAUAGAAACAAAGAAGUAUAUGUAUCUUUAUGAAAAUAUUGUUCGGUGGAAUGAUUCUGCUGGUGAAGAGGCAUUCAACAAUGCAAAAAGCCGGUUUUGGGCGGAGAUUAAUGGUCUACACUGUAGCAUAUCGUUGCCGGAUCCUGACAUUUAUAUCGAUGAUAUUGAUUGGAACUCCACCAUUGAUCCUGAACUGGUUUUGGAUUUGGAAAGGGAACCUAAACCCUCCAAUGAUAAAGCCCAAGAAGAGGCUGUUAUUCUCGGCAAUCCCCUCCUUUUAAAUCAGUCAUUUUCAUGCACUGGAUGGGGUGAUGAAGAAGAGGAAUUCAAAAAUAAAGAAAAUCCUGACAAUUGGAAUCGUGGAUGGAAUGAGGAUAAUAAAGAAAAUCCUUGGGAACCUGUUUCUGCUCAGAGUAAAGCAGGCGUAGGAGGAUGGGAUAACAAUUGGGAGAACAAUGCUAGUGAAUGGAAGAACAAUACUGGUGGUCCAAACAACAUGUAUUAUAGACGAACUGAUGGAGCUUUCUGGGGAAAGUCGGAUGCAAAUAGCAGGAAGAAAGAGGGUGGCAGUUGGUACAACUCAAGAUACAAGACCUCAAGAUUUAAUGCCGAUCACUAUCAGAAAGAUCGAGGGUGGAGGAACGGAGGGAGAAGGAACAACAGGGUUCAUGCUGGCUAUGAAAACCUGACUUGA